CUUGACAUUUCAUGUAUUUGUUUUUUAAAUAUGCGAGGCGACCUUGACCUCAUCCAAAGUUGCGCGAGGUCUCUUUCGCGAUCUUCCCCUUCCCCUUCUGCUGCCGUCUCUCCGAUCUCCUCCUAUCUCCCCACAGAAGUCAAGAUUGUUUGAUUGAUUUCAGAACAGAGUGAAGCAGGGUUCGCAGAGGGUAUGGCAGCACAUAAGAUUGCUCACGCAACCUUGAAAGGUCCAAGUGUUGUGAAGGAGAUCCUUAUUGGUCUCUCUCUCGGCCUCAUGGCAGGCGGACUCUGGAAGAUGCAUCACUGGAACGAGCAGAGGAAAACUAGAGCAUUCUAUGACAUGCUGGAGAGAGGCACCAUCAGUGUUACACUAGAUGAAUAAACCUGUUAAAAUAUUAAACCUUGUUUUUCCAACAAAUAAUUGCUGGUAUUCAGCCCUACUGUUUUUCACAUGCAUUCAUAUCUAUUUGUGAGGCAUAGUAACUCAGUACUCCACAUUUGAGAAGGAAACUGAUGACACUUGAUUUAUUCACUUAA